AUGGUGCUGUCGGAACAUGUCGCCCGCACGCCAGACACCAAGCCCAGGAAGAAGCCCGAUGCCUUCUCCUAUCUGAACCGCACACACGCGCCGCCGGGCCUGCAACGGAUGCGCGACCAGAGAGAGGCACGUGGGCGCCCGUCGUCGCCCACCGGACACAGCCAGGGCAGGGCCAGGCCAAGGACAGAGCCCUUCCACGCCCUUAAGAUGCAGAGCUCGCUGCACCAGGUUCCCUACAGCGACCGCACCGCCAUCAAGCGCAACAUGGACCAGUACGACUCCUUCGACAAGUUCCCCCUCGCCGAGCCCGUCCUGCGCGCCGUCAGCGAUGCACUGCCCGGCCUCGAGUACCGCAAUCCCACACCGGCGCAGGCUGUCGCCAUACCCGCUCUGCUCGGCAUGCAAAAAGCUGUGCGCACCAAAGCAAAAGCGAACAAGACUGGCCCCGACGCCUUUUUGCUCGCAGCCGAGACGGGGUCCGGAAAGACGCUGGCAUACCUUCUCCCUACCCUGGACGCCAUCAAGCAGAACGAGAUGCGCGAAAAGGAUGAGGCCGAGCAACAGGCCAACGAAGCGGCCCAAGAGGCCGCUGCGGCUGCCAAAGAGCACGAUAAGCGAACCGACAUGUUUGCUGCCGAGGAGCCAGAGAUCAACAAGGCCGUUGAUCCAGCCCGUCCACGGGCCAUCAUCCUCGUUCCCUCUGCCGAGCUGGUUGCACAGGUCGGUGCCGUCGCAAAGUCGCUCUCGCACACAAUCAAGUUCCGUGCCGCGCCCAUAUCUGCCAAGAUGUCUGCUACUGUCAUCCGCAACCAGCUCUUCAACCCCAACGGCGUCGAUGUUGUCAUCAGCACCCCGCCGCUCCUUGCCAGCAUUGCCCAAAGCAACCCCAACAUCCUUGCCCGCGUUACCCAUCUCAUCUGCGACGAAGCAGACUCCCUCUUCGACCGCUCUUUCAAGGAGACUACUACCGAAAUCCUCGAGCGGGCCACUCCAUCUCUCAAGAAGCUUGUUCUAUGCUCGGCCACCAUUCCCAAAUACCUCGACAAGUACCUUGCACAGAGGUUUCCCGACAUGCACCGCCUCGUCACCCCCAACUUGCACGCCAUUCCCCGCAGGGUGCAGUUGGGCGUCGUGGACGUGAACAAGGAUCCCUACCGCGGUAACAAGUUACUUGCUUGUGCAGACACGAUAUGGCAAAUUGGCAAAGCAUCUGCUGACUAUGAUCCCACCGAGGGCAAGGAGGCAAUACCCACAAAGCGCAUCUUGGUUUUUGUCAAUGAGCGCGAAGACACUGAACAAGUGGCACAAUACCUUGUCAAAAAGGGCAUUGAUGCUCUAGCCUUCCAUCGCGACACAGACCCUUCGCGACAAGCAAAGAUUCUCAAAUCGUUUACUAGCGAUGCUUCACUCGGCACUUCGCCAGCGACUCAAGAUGAAGCACCCAUCAACUCAACACUGGCGAACAAACGCACUCUACCCAACACCAAGGUCAUUGUCACAACUGAUCUCGGCUCAAGAGGUAUCGAUACCGUGUCCGUUCGACACGUCAUCCUCUUUGAUGUUCCCCACACCACCAUUGAUUUUAUCCACCGCCUUGGCCGCACAGGCCGAAUGGGCAGACGUGGAAGAGGUAUUGUACUGCUCGGGCCAGGCGACCGUGCAGACGUUGUACGAGAAGUCCGAGAGGCCAUGUUCAGGGGCGAAGCGCUUAUUUGA